AUGUGCGUGCAGUCGGGUCGCGUGUACGCAGCGCUGCCGCCGAACGUGUCUGUCAUCACGCCGACCUACAGUUUGGGGCAGUACGAGAACUUCUUCGCGAACUUGACGGACGCGGUGCUGAAGCGUGGUGUUAAGUACCCCCCGCUCACCACAGUACCAGCGGCUGGUGUGCUCAUGGCUGUUCCUGGACAAGCUGGGUACCUCUACACGUUGAUGCACGAGGGCCUACGGGGGUGGAGCUCUCUCAUGGAGGAAGGCUUCGGCCUCGGCUUCGACUCGGAGGAGGACAAGAAGGCGUGGCGCGAAGUGCAGAAGCAAGUGCUGUUCCUCUCCCACCCGGCCACGGACACUGCCCAAGAGACGGCGCACUCGUUUGAGGUGGCGCGGCGGUUGGCCAACGCCUUCUCGCAGCCGACAGAGUCGCCCUUCUUCUCGAUUGCCCCUAUCAGCCGCAUUCGCGCUGGGGAGUGGUCGCGGGAACCGAUGUACUGCUUCUGCGGUGUGUUUAUCGUGCCAUCGGCGGGGGUGCGGGACGAGGGUAAUUUCAGCCAGUCUGGAUACAACUACAUGCGCCGCGUCGCGAACCGGCACUUUGGUGGUGCGCCCCUGGAGGAUAGCAUCUUCUACACCUCUGCAGUACGGGCUGCCUGGCCACCACAGGAUAAUGCGCUGUCGACGUCGCAUCAGGGCGAUCGCAACUCGUAUCGACGCCCACGCUUGCUCUGGAUCAGCCGCAGCAGUCCACGUAUCGUCGAUGAGGGCAAGAUCAUCAGCAUCGCCAAGGAAAUUGACUUUGAGGUGUACGUUGACACGCAGUACGCGUCACAUGCCAGUGCGGCGGAGCAGUUUUACUUGGUGAGUCACGCAGACGUGGUAGCUGGGUUUCACGAGGUGGCGCUCAUCAACGCCGUCUGGAUGGAUGCGACCAGGCGCCGGCUAUGUCGCACUUUAUUCGAGUUUCUUCCAUACGCGCAGGUGAGACAGGUGGCGCGCGUGUGUGUACGGGGUGCCAAUGGUGGCGUCUGGAAAUGCCUAUGUGUCGGUAGCCCCUGUGGAGGCGGAAUUUAUGGGCCCCAACUAUGA